AUGAAGGGUUUUAGGACCCUCAGCAAUGGCGAGUCGGUCGAGUUCCAUAUCAAAUAUGAUAGCGAUGGCCGCACCAAGGCCGUUGACGUGACUCGGCCGGAGAAGGGUCCCGUUCAGGGAAGACGUGGCGGUGGCAGUGGUGUGUAUGGGUUUAACGAUGAUGGUGUAAGAGGAGGAGUGGGUAGAGGUUGCAGAGGAGGCGGUGGGUAUGGCAGUGGUGGGUGUGGUAGAGGCGGUGGUGGUGGUAGGGGCAAAGGUGGUGGCGUUGGGUAUGGGUUUAACGGUGCCUCAGCUCUUUUUCCAGCGAAGCUGUUGAUAAUUGGCAUAGUGUACAAAAAGAUGUUAUGA